CAGCGGUACGUUGGGAGCGAGCAAAUUGCUGCAUGGAUUUCCCGGAGCUGCACAUAACUUAAGAUCCAGAAUGCUGAGAAGAGGAUGAAUCUUCCAGGUCAUCUGAGACAUCCACGUGUCUUCGCUGCUGUCCCUCCCCAACAGCCCUCUUGUCCCACUGGGGCACCAUCUGCCUCCCCACGCUCCCCUCAUUGCCCCUGCCCGGCUCCCUCCCCCCUCCCCUGCCCCCAGUAGUGGCCAUCCCAGAAGGGAGGAAAGGCGAGCCAGCCCCCGUAAAUAUGCCUGGAUGGAGGUCUCAGUGGCGUCUCGUCCUGCUGAACUCCCUGACCUGUGGCCUGGAGAUCUGUGUGGCAGCUGGGAUCACAUACGUGCCCCCACUGCUGCUGGAGGCUGGAGUGGAGGAGCGCUACAUGACCAUGGUGCUAGGUAUUGGUCCAGUGCUUGGCCUGCUGUUUAUCCCUCUGAUUGGCUCAGCCAGUGACCACUGCAACAGCAGUUAUGGUAGAAGGCGGCCUUUCAUCUGGCUGCUGUCUUUGGGAGUCCUUCUGGCACUUUUCAUCAUUCCCCACGCAGACGUCCUGGCUGCCCGCCUUACCUGGGGUGGGCGCACCUUGCAGGUGGGCUUCCUUAUCCUUGGCGUUGGACUUCUUGACUUCUGUGGACAAGUUUGCUUCACGCCACUGGAGGCUCUUUUGUCUGACCUGUACCGGGACGAGGAGGACUGUGGCCAAGCCUUCGCAAUGUUCUCCUUCAUGGUCAGCUUGGGAGGAUGUGUGGGUUAUUUGCUACCUGCGCUGGACUGGAGUCGUGGCCUACUCUCUGUUUACCUAGGAGGCCAGGCUGAGUGCCUCUUCUCCCUCCUCAUCCUCAUCUUCAUCUGCAGCGUGCUCAUCACCAUGAAGGUGUCUGAGGAACCCUCUUUUGGCAGCGGUGGCAUAGCAGGGUCUGGAUCUUUACUGGAGUCUGGGGCUAGUCCAAUGGAGGCCGGUCGGUGUGGCGUGCCGCGCUCAUGCUGCUACCUGCUGAAAUGCCAGCUGAGGCUGCUGAAGUCUGGUCCCCUGCUGUGCUUAUUGAGAACAUGCUGGUCCAUGACCCCGGCCAUCUACAGGAGCUACUGCCAUGUCCCACGAGUGAUGAGGCAGCUGUGUGUGGCUCAGCUCUGCAGUUGGAUGGCUGUCAUGUCUUUUAUGCUUUUCUACACAGACUUUGUGGGGGAAGGCCUGUAUGAGGGUGUGCCCAGUGCAUUACCAGGAAGUGUGUCCAGGCAGAGAUACAAUGAAGGCAUCCGUAUGGGCAGUCUGGGCCUUUUCCUGCAGUGUGCUACCUCAACCUUCUUCUCCCUGGUCAUGAGUCGCUUGGUUCGCCACUUUGGCUCACGAUGGGUCUACCUGAGCAGUAUGGUGAGCUUCACACUCUCCGCUUUGGUCAUCUGCCUGUCCAAGAGUGUGGUCUUGGUCACUGUAAUGGCGGCUCUCACUGGCUAUGCAUACGCCACGCUGCAGACUCUGCCUUACACACUCACCUGCCAUUAUCACAAGGAGAAAGAGAUCUAUAUGCCAAAAAGGAAAACCAAAAGCAUACAUAAAAAUGGUAUUACACCCAAGCGAGACUCUGUGUAUUUGACUCCAGUGGAAGAGGAGGGUGGACUGAACCAUAAAACCGGGGAUGCAUACGGGCAUUCCUUCCUCAACCAGGACAGUUAUGAGUACUACCCCAGCCCACAGAGCCAGAACGGCUCAUCUCACAGCGCCGGUGGCACUGAACAAGAGGAGGCAGAGUUGGGGUAUGAGAAACGUGGCGUGGGUUUGGACUUUGCCAUCUUAGACAGCACCUUCCUCCUCUCUCAGGUUUUCCCCACCCUCUUCAUGGGCAUGAUUGUUCAGUUCGCACAGUCUGUCACUGCCUACAUCGCCUGCUCGGCCAUCUUUGGUGCUGUCGCCAUCUACCUGGCCAGUCAAAUUGUCUUUGACCAAAAGGACCUCAAAAGCUGAGAAUUAGGUGGAUAAGAUGUGGGAGUGAUGGAAUCAUAAAUAAUCAAUCAUUCAGGUUCCAUGGGUUGAACUCAGCAAUGCACUACUGUUCCCAGAAUGCCUUGCUCUACGUCCUUGUGCUUGCUUUUAUGAAAGCUCUGCAUCAAGGAAGUGUGUGUGUUUGUCAGUAUGUGGCAGGGCAUGAGAGAGGGUAUGAGAAAAUAUCACAAGAGACAUGUUAUCUGCCAGUGCAGUUUCCGUGUUACAGCAGGGUUUGUUACCUGCCACCUGAAGAGUUAACACCCAGCGUGUGCCCAGGACAGGUGUGGUACUCUGUACUGAAUGCUAUUGAAUUCUAUAGAAAUCUCUUUAAAAAUGUUUUGUCGUCACACAUUUUCUGUCCAUUGUUUUCCUCAGGUACCACCAAACACAUUUACUGUAGAACUCAUCAACCUCAGAUACACAGCUACUAACAUUUUUUGUUUUUUUGUGGCCCUGUUCAUAAUUUUUAAAUCUACAGUUUGUUAAGUACUGAAAACAGCACGUCAAACACAGUAUUGGCUUGUACAGACUCAUCUUCAGCAUCAAUAAGCAAGUCUGGGGACUGGUCAUCAUCUUAUUGAGGCACGCCAUGUGUUUCUCUAUAAGGGCAGAAUGGAUCGAUGAAUGCAUUGUUUCUGCCCGUUCAGAAAAUAGCAUUACAAGUAGGAUCAUUUAACCUUUCCAUCCAGGAUGAAAAACGCACUCAAAGGUGUACUCCAGUUAUUUAGUCUUACAACUCUGCACAGUUGGGGAAUUUGCAAGAGACAGAAUGAUCAAAAUAUCUUGUCUUUUAGUCCUUUCACCUGGUCAAGCUCCAAAAUGCUGGAUCCUACAUUUCCCAUCAUACAACUUAAUAUCAUCCUUCAUUAGACCCUGUCUAGGUUUUUAAAUGCCGUCAUCAUUCAAACUUCACGCCCCCAGUUUGCAACAAAGGUUUUAUGUCAAAUAGUUGUAGUCAAGAUAACCCUGCUGACAUCACUAUGACGUCAUCACGGUUGUCUUGUCAGGCUUGAGAAAGCUGAGAAGUACUCUCCGUGACAAGUAAACUGACUGUUGUGUGUAAAAUUGGUGGAAUAGCCCCCAGUGUAACCUAUUACUUUAUGAACAGUUUUACUGUUAAUAUUUUGUAUACAAAUUUACUGUACAUCCCUAUGGGAAUUUUGUUAUGCAACCUGUUGAGGUGAUGUUAUCAACUGUGGUGGUUUAAGAAUUCAUUUUUUACUGGAACUGGAAUACUGCAUCAAACGCCCUCUCUCUAGAUAAUCAAGAGUUGUCUUCUUUAGCGGACUGCUCAUCCUGUCUAACAAUGCUACUGAUCAGGACAGUCGUCUCAGGUUAGUACCUUGUGUUAGUGUCUCAUCCUGUCCUUAUGCCACUGUUAAAACGCUUUCCCUGCGGCCUAAAAGCUCAUGUUUUACUGUAUUCUCAAAUGACAAUCUAGGACAUCCAGAUGGGCUUGUUGUGUAAUGCUGUAUAACAGUAAACAUGCAGGGGGUGAUGUCUGAUAGAAGCCCACUUCACAGCAGCCAUUCCUGAAAAGACCAAAAAGUCAUGCAGUAAAUGCAAAUGUUUGGUUACUGAAAAUGAUCUGAGAGUAGGCACUGUAUAUUGAUGGGCUGAAGGCCAAGCUAGUUGAGUUGAGGUGUGUGUGUGUGCGUGCGUGUGUGUGUGUGUGUGUGUGUGUAUAUAUAACAUGGAAAACAGAUAGUGAGAAAGUAAACCGAGUAAUAUUUAAGUGUGUGGCUAAUGAAAAGUGAUACAACUCACACACCAGUCAUUCACAUUGGUUAGAAUAACCUCUAUUGACCUUUGCCCAUAAGAUGCUGUAUGUUACAAUGUAUUGUGGCCUUCAGUUGAGCUUUUAAAAUUGGCCCGUUGAUGCAAACACCAUCCAGGUUGUUUGAUCCCACACAAGAGGUGAUGAAUUAGGUUCAGUGGAUACAAAUAGUCCUGAAGGAUCUUUUUGUCUGAGGUGCACUCAGCAUGGGAGAAGUAAAAAGAAACAGCAGAGGAUUUGUUUGUAAUGUUGACACUACUGCUUAGUCAUAUGCUUUAAAAAAAAAAAAAAAGAAAAAAAAAGAAAUGAUCAUUUUCUCCCCUAAAUGCACAGGAAAAUAUUGCCAAGCAGAACCUUAAGUGUCAGGAAAGGUUGUUUUACAAGUGCCUGUACAUUUUUCAAACAUUUUUUGUACAUAUGUAUUUAUUUAUUAUACUUUUAUUACAAAAUAGCAUGUAUUAAACUAUUGGCCUCUUUGGCAUCUUUCAUAGGUGCAAGGGUGAAGGCUGUUUCUGUGAAAGAGAUAAAUUAUUUGUAUAGAUGUGAUAUAGAAGCAUCCUCAAAGCUAUAAUUUAAUUUAACAUCACCCACUUUAUCCUGUAGUUUUGUUAACAUCACGAAGCCUGUUGCUGAUGUCUGCUGUCAGUUUGUAUCAAAUCAGCUUCAGAUGAGAAUACUGAAAGUUUCCACCUGUGGUCUUCAUUCAUAUAGUUGACCAUUUUUAUUCCUGUUACACAGCUCAGAUUUGUUUUUCUGGUGCAGUUGGUGCAAACAAGAAACCUCGUCAUUUUGUCAAUACUGCUUUAUCUGGGUCUUUAUCUAACCACUUGUUUCUCCUUAUCAGAGAUCUGUUAUAUUGUUAACAGAUAAACACUGCAGAUACUCUCACUGGAUAGGUGGAGUUGUUUUCAGUCCCUGUUGCUCUAAACCAAAUGUCCUGUUCCAGACAAAAAGGUGCCAAUGGUCAGAAGUCGUCAUAUUCUAAUGUGAUUAAUCAGGUUGUUUUUUUGUUUUUUAAUCACAAGAUUUCAGUCACUUGUUUCAUUGUCAUAAAUGCAUUCAGCCAUAACAAAAAGUUGUAUUUAAUUUUCAUUAUACAUCCAUUAGAUUGUGUAUAAAUAUGCAGUUACCAAAUAGAUUUUAUACAAAAUAAAAGAACUGCAUUGUCAAUGA